AAAUGUUGCUUAUCAUAGAACUUUUUGUUGCAAUUUUCUAUCACCUACCCACAUCUUGUAAAGAUAUUCCGCCUUUGUUUUGUUUCCCCUUCUUUUUUCCAAAUGCAUCUCCAAUUUGAAAUAUUUCUAAACAUCUGCGGGCAAUUGGGAAAUUUUUUAUUUUGUGGGAUUUUCUCUCUCUAUGAAAUGGGAAAUUUUUUCUCCCAUAGGUUUGUGUAGGUAAAUGAACGAAGCCAAAUGUUUACAACUGAGGCCGCAUGAGACAAUGGAUGGCCACUCUACUCCACUGCAAGUGUGUGUGCGCGGCGAGAGAGAAAAACCAGGGUAGUUGUUGUUGUUACGAUUAAAAAAGAGAAAUAAUGAAUUGAAAGAGAUUAUGUGCCUCAUUCAUAUUUACGAUUUUUACGAUAUUGCUACUAUACAUUCUCACACUUGUGUUCAGUUCUAUUUCAUCGGUCGUGAGCGAAACAUGAUGUUACGGUUACGUGGCUAUAUGGCCAAUUAAUUUUCGCGGCGCACGUAUAAGGUGUUUUAGCGCUUAAAUAAUAUAAAACGAAAACGCUUUAUAACAAGUCAUCUAUUUUGCGGAAUUAUCACGACGAGUGGAAUGAAUUUAAAUGAGCAACAACAUAAAAAAAAGAAAGAAUAAUAAUUUUCAUAUUGAAUUGCGAUUGAAGGAAGCCAAAAUCUUUAACAAAAACUAUUAAAUAACCAAAAAAAAAAAACUAAAAAUUUGUGAUAGAAAAUCAACUCAAAGUCAACUACCAAAUCGUUUAUUAAACGAAUAGUGUUCAUUAAUAACGCAACAUAAUCAUUUCAACAAAAUAGUGUUCAAAAUUGUGAUCAUUUGUCCAAGUUCUCAACGAUCAUCAUCGGCAUCAUCAACGCAACAUCGCCAUGGCUUCUUUGCAACAGAAGCGGCCUUCUUUCUCCAAUUGGUUCUCUUCUCUAAGAAGGCAACCCAAAAAUAAGAAAUCUUCCAAUUCACUUUACAAUGUGGAUAGCAAAUAUCAACAUAGUUGUAUAGAUCUACCCUCCAGCACUUUCUAUGUACAGCAAAAGCCCUUGGACAGCCCGGUCAUAGCGCCGGGCGCCACCUCAACGGACAAUCUGAUAGAUAGUGAGAAGAGAUCUCGUGCGGCCAGCAUAUGUGCACGUUGCUGUUGUUCCAUAGCCAGCAAAUCGAGAUCUCGCACCCCGCCCUUAUCACCCAACACGGUGACCAGCGGCAGUAGUGGCAGCAAUGAUACCAGCUCUACCAUAACACCAGAUUCGACCACGCCAACUACCUGCUCGCCUGCAAGAUCUCCUUCGCUCAAUCCCUAUAAUAGUAUAGCUGAUUAUAAGACUCCCACAGCCACAACGCCGACAACGCUAAUGCAGGCACCUCCUUCGCCCUAUGACAAUGUGAUACCCAAUUAUGGGCCCGAUCAAAAGCAAAAUCUGCAAAUAGUGCGUCAUGAGACUUCCUCGGAAUCAACAACCGUAGGUAAUCGCUUGCCCUCCUCGUUGUCUGCCUCAGCACCCUGCUCACCCAAAUGGCCGCCCAGCUGGAAAAGUGGCAUUGGUGGUUGUAGUAGUCCCCCCAUAUUAACCCAUAAAACCGAAUUUCUACGCUCCACCACCAUUACCAGCACCCGCACCAUAUUGGUUACCCGCCCCGUAGAAUUGCUCAUCAGCAGAAAUGGUGAGCUAAUGACGGCCAAAGCCAAGGCCAUAGAGAAGACCACACCACGCUCGAAUAGUUUGGGCAAUAUGUUGGAGGAACCCGUGGAGCAUAUCAUACCCAUAUCUACACCCACUUCCCCUCUAAGUGGUUCCACACCGCUGAUUUUGGAUGCGGAUAAUGAUGAUUUUAAAUUUAUAGACGAUUCCUCCAAUUCACAAUCGGAGACGGAACGUAACUCACAGCAAAGUGCAGCAGCAGCAGCAGCAACAGCGGCAGCAUCGGCAUUGGAUCAGGAUAAAGAGAACUAUUACUAUACACUGCCCUCAAAGUUUAAGAAAGUCUCUGCCAAUUCUCAACGUUCCAUGAGCGUUUCCAAUGGCCUGGGGAAGAGCAAAAAUGCCAAAACUGGACUUUAUCUGAAUAAUAACAUAGGAAGUUUGUGUGAUGACUGCAGGACAGUUAUCGAAAGAAAUCGCAAUAAUCGUGAUAUGCAUCAGCCAAGUAUGCUGUUAAGGAAUAAGCAAAUCAAAGAUGAGUUGUGUGAGGUGGUUUCCGAAAUGGAGGCACUCGAUGUGCCCGAAGAUUCCAAACAUUCCAACAAAGAUAAACAAAUGUCAAUUGGACGUAAAAAGUUCAAUAUGGAUCCCAAAAAGGGUAUUGAACAUUUGGUGGAACAUCGGCUAUUACGACACGAUCCUCAAGAUGUUGCACAUUUCCUCUACAAAGGUGAAGGUCUCAAUAAAACAGCAAUAGGUGAUUAUUUGGGAGAAAAUAAUGACUUCAACAAGGACGUGCUAAAGGCUUUUGUGGCGUUACAUGAUUUUACAAAUUUAAUAUUGGUUCAAGCUUUAAGACAAUUCUUGUGGUCCUUUCGAUUGCCGGGCGAGGCACAAAAAAUCGAUCGAAUGAUGGAAUGCUUUGCCCAACGCUAUUGUCAACUGAAUCCUGAUAUCUUCACCAAUACGGAUACCUGUUAUGUUUUAAGUUUCGCCAUCAUAAUGUUAAAUACAUCCCUACAUAAUCCAUCGGUGAAAGACAAACCCACUGUUGAACAAUUCAUUUCAAUGAAUCGCGGUAUUAACAACGGCGGUGAUUUGCCACGCACCCUACUCGAAUCUCUGUAUGAGUCUAUACGAACGGAACCCUUCAAAAUUCCCCAAGACGAUGGCAACGAUCUAAUGCAUACCUUCUUUAAUCCCGAUAAGGAGGGUUGGCUCUGGAAACAGGGCGGAAGUAUGUUCUCCAGAUACAAAUCCUGGAAGAGGCGAUGGUUUAUAUUGAACGACAAUUGUUUAUAUUAUUUUGAAUAUACAACAGAUAAAGAGCCACGAGGGAUAAUACCAUUGGAAAAUAUUUGUGUUCGAGAAAUACAUGAUCGCAGUAAACCAAAUUGCUUUGAACUCUUUGCUUCGGGUGGAGCAGAAAUCAUUAAAGCAUGUAAGACUGAUUCGGAGGGCAAGGUUGUUGAGGGUAAACAUAGCGUAUAUCGCAUGUCAGCAGCCACCGAGGAGGAUCAACAGGAAUGGAUAAAACGUUUAACCCAAUCGAUAAGCCAUAAUCCAUUCUAUGAUAUUUUAGUACAAAGAAAGAAGAAAGCUUUAAGCAAGAGUUAGUAUUAGCUUUACAACAUCAACAACAACAAAAACAACACCAGGAACAACAAUAACUUCUACAACAACAUCAACAUAGGGAGAACCACUGUAAUAACCACCUUAGAUGAAAUAGCCACAUCCUUAAGGAUUAUCAUCAGCAUCAACACCAUUAUCAUUAUCAUAAUCAUCUCUAAUUGGAUUAAUCACCCAUAUAGGAACUUGUAAUUUAUUAUUAUUUUUUUUUAAUUAACAUUGGAAUCCAUUUUUUUGUAACCACUCACCCCCUUCAUCUUAGAAUUUAUAGUUAGUGUUUUUUUGUUACAAAAAAUCCUUAAACGAACAUGAAAAAAAGAAACAAACACAACAACAAAACCAAGUGCAAAAACCACAUAUUAUUAAAUGUAUGUAAUUAUUAUUAUUAUUACUAUAAUUAUUUUAAUAUUAACAUAAUUAUUAUUACUAUAGCUGCCUAGUUAAGUUGCAUAUGUGUAUAUCCUAAUUGCCUUUGUUUUUGUAAAAGAUUCAAUUUAUUUUUUUUUUAAUUUUUAUUUUUUAGGGAUCUCAUAUGUAAAGAUUUAAAAAUUAGCAACAAUGAAGAAUUUUUGUUUUUUGUAAAGAACACAAAAGAAUUCACAAUAGGUGGAAUUUAAGGAUUUUGUUUUUAUAAGAAAAUUUGUAAUGUAAGGUGUUUUGUUUAUUUAAUGGAAAAAAUUCCAAUCAUUUUUAAAACAUCUGCUUUUUCAUUUUAAUCUGUUUUCUUUAAUUUUUGUAUAAAUUUUGUAACUUGUAUGAAGUUUCCCAUAUUCUGUUAUUUUUUUAAGUUAAGAUAUUCGCCGCAAGGUUUGCUGGGUUAUAAUACCAUGAUAUAAGUAUACGAAUAUAUAAGAGGACCAAAAUGACGAUAUUUCCUUCUAAGCCAAAAAGAGAGAAGUUAAAUAUCUGUCUUAGACUCAUGCAUUGUAUUUAACUAUUGAAGGUUUUGCAUAGUUUUUUGACAAGUUUUGAUUUCUAUAGAACAGUGGCGGGCAAAUACACACACACACUGGCGGGCAAAUACACACACACUUCGACAAAAUAAAAAUCAUAUAUUUGUGUAUAUGCACAGGAACAUAAGCCCAUGGGCUUGGAAAUAUUACGCACGCUAGCGCAUGUGCCCAACACUUUGUUGAGUGUCCAGAUCCAGGAACUCUGCGACUAAGAUGGGAUGCGUCCAGAGGGAUCUGGGUCUGAGACGAGUGGGCCUGGCUGGACAGUUAAACAGGUGACGUGUGUCUUGUGGUCCCUGGUCACAAUCGGGACAUACAUCCUGCACGUUGGCAUCAAUCCUUACUCUGCAGCGACCUCAAUUCAACUUUUCCAAAAACAUAAAAAAGUAUAGCAAGUCAUGUCUAAUUCCUUGUAAUGAAAUAAGUACGAAAUUUAGUACUACUUUUAUCUUUACCCAUUGUAAUCUUUUCGAAAGUGACUGAAAGGUGUUUAGUUUUGAUAGUUGUUAUAUUAUGACUGCCAAUACUUUCAUUUGCCCAUAAAGUAUCAAAGUGUACCAAAAUUCGUACCUAAGUGUACUAAAUUUGGUACGAAAGUUUAGUACAAGGCACAUUUUUUUUCCUAAACUUGUUUAGAUAAUUCCAUACUUUUACAAAAAUGAAAAAUAUAGCAAGCCAUGUCUAAUUCCUUUGACUGUAAUGAAAUAAGUACGAAAUUUAGUACUAUUAAUACCUUUAUUUUUUGUACUGUUUUCGAGAAUGUCUUAAAGGCUUUUAGUUUUCAUAGUUGUUCAUAUUGUGACUGCCAAAUACUUUCAUGCGCUCAAAAAGUACCAAAGUGUACCAAAUUAUGUACCAAAGUGCACUAAAUUUGGUACCAAAUUUUAGUACAAAUUACAUUAUUUUCCUGAAAACGUUUAAAAAACUCGCAAACUUUUCCAAAAAUGGACCAACAUAAACAAUAUAGCAAGUCUUGUCUAAUUCCGGUGGAUGUAAUGUAAUAAGUACGAAAUUUAGUACCACUUUUACCCAUUGCACUCUUUUCGAAAGUGAAUGAUGAAAGACUAAGUUUUGAUAGUUCUUUAUAUAUUAUGACUGCCAAAUACUUUCAUUUGCCCAUAAAGUAUCAAAGUGUACCAAAUUUCGUACUUAAGUGCAUUAAAUUUGGAACCGAAGUUUAGUACAAGGCAUGUUAUAUUCCUAAAAAUGUUUAGAGAAAUCCAUACUUUUCCAAAAAUGAUCAAAUAUUAAAAAAUUGCUAUAUUUUUCCAUGUCUAGUUCCUUUGACUGUAAUAAACAAAGCUACGAAAUUUAGUACUACUGGCACCUUUAUGUUUUGUACUAUUUUCGAAAAUGUGUUAAAGGCUUUUAGUUUUGAUAAUUGUUUACAUUAUGACUGCGAAAUACUUUCAUGCGCUCAAAAAGUAUCAAAAUGUACCAAAUUAUGUACUAAAGGGCACUAAAUUUGGUACCAAAUGUUAGUAUAAGAUACAUUAUUUUCCUAAAAACGUUUACAAAAGUCUCAACAUUUUCCAAAAAUGGACGAACAUAAACAUUAUAGCAAGUCAUGUCUAAUUCCUAUUCUAAUGAAAUAAGUACGAAAUUAAGUACUAUUGGCACCUUAAUGUUAUGUACUCUUUACGAAAAUGUCUUAAUUGCUUUUAGUUUUGAUUGUUGUGUAUAUUAUGAAAGCCAAAUACUUUCAUGCGCUCAAAAAGUAUCAGAGUGUACCAAAUUAUGUAUCAAAGUGUACUAAAUUUGGUACCAAAUGUAAGUAUAAGAUACAUUUUUUUCCUAAAAACAUUUACAAAACUAGCAACUUCUCCAAAAAUGGAAAAAAUUAAAAAAUAUAGCAGGUCAUGUCUAAUUCAUUUGGCUUUCAUGAUAUAAGUUCGAAAUUUAGUACUAUUGGCACCUUCUUCUAUUGUACUCUUUUCGAAAAUGUCUUAAAGACUUUAAGUUUUGAUAGUUAUUUAUAUUAUCACUGCCAAAUACUUCAAUUUGCCUAUAAAGUAUCAAAGUGUACAAAACUAUGUACCAAAGUGCACUAAAUUUGGUACCAAAUGUUAGUAUAAGUUACAUUAUCUUCCUUAAAAUGUUUACAAAACUCCCAACUUUUCCCAAAAUGAACAAACCUAAAAAAAAAAAAUAGCAAAACUUGUCUAAUUCCAUUGAGUGUAUUGCAAUAAGUACGAAAUUUAGUACCAUUGGCACAUUUACAAAUUGAAUUCUUUUCGAAAUUGUCUUAAAGGUCUUUAGUUUUGAUAGUUGUUUACAUUAUGACUGUCAAGUACUUUUUUUUCGCACAUAAUGUAUCAAAGGGUACCAAAUUUGGGACUUAUGUGUACUGAAUUUGGUACCAAAUUUUAGUAAAAAGUACAUUAUUUUCCUAAAAUCGUUGAAAAAAUUCCACACUAUUCCAAAAAUGAACAAAUAUAAAAAUAAUAUAGCAAGUCAUGUCUAAUUAAGUUGAGUGGUGUAAUGUAAUAAGUACGAAAUUUAGUACUACUUUAUCUCUAUCAAUUGUACUCAUUUCGAAAGUGACUGAAAGACUUUUAGUUUUGAUAAUUGUUUUUAUAUUAUAACUGCCAAAUAAUUUUAUGUGCACAAAAAGAAACAAAUAGUACUAAAUUUGGUACCAAGUGUACUAAAUUUGUUACCAACUUUUAAUAAAAGUUACGUAAUUUUCCUCUAAAUGUUUUAAAAUAGCCAACUUUUCCAAAAAUGAACAAAUAUAAAAAAUUAUAAAAUUUUUCUGUCUAAAUCUGUUGCCUUUAAUGCAAUAAGUACGAAUUUUAGUACUAUAAAUAUCUUUGUCUAUUGUACUAUUUCCAAUCAUGUUCUAAAGGGUUUAAGUUUUAACACUUGCUGGAACCCUGCCUGUAAAAAUAACUUCAAUCGGCCAAAAAAUGCAAGGUGUACCAAAUUUGGUACCAAAACGUACUAAAUUUGGUAAUUUCUUUUAGUACUAAUUACGUUAUUGUCCUACAAAGGUUUGAAAAAACUAAUAAAUAGCAAUUAAUGUCUAACUCUAUUGUUUGCUUUUCAAUAGGUACAAAUUUUAGUACUAUUGGAACAUUAGCUUAUUGAAUUUUUUAAUCGGAAAUGCCAUAAAGCAUUUUAUUUUUGAUAGUUGUAUUAAUCCAGUCAUUUGCAUAUAAAGCGUUCUAAAAUUUUAUCAAGUCUACAAAAUUUGGCACCAAAGUGUACUAAAUUUUACACAAAAGUGUACAAAAUUAUAUAUCAAGAUGCACUAUAUAUGGUACUAAAGUGUACUAAAUUUGGUUCCAAAGUGUACUUAAUUUGAUACCAAAGUGUACUAAAUUAAUUAUCGACGUGAACUUAAUUAAAUACCAAUGUGUACUGUAUUAAAUACCAAUGUUUACUAAUAGGUCGAUUAUGGAUUGCAACUCGACUACAGUCGAUUUGCCAGGAGACAAAGCCACUAUGUAAAUAUUAUUAUAAAGUUGGAAAUUUUUUUGUCAAUUUCAUUCAAUAUAAGUAUAUUUAAAGUUCAGCUACUAAAGAAUUUGUAAAAAAGUACGGAAUUUUAUACAAAAAUUGAAAUUUCUGUAACAAUUUUGGGUGCUGGCAACGCAACUGAAGUUGGAUUGCCAUCCAUAAUCGACCCAUAAAUUUGGGUUCAAAUCGUACUAAAUUUGGUUCUAAAUUGUACUGAAUUUGGUUUCAUAGUGUACUAAAUUUGGUUCCAAGGGUACUAAAUUUGGUACCGGAGUAAGUACUAAAUUAAAUACCAUUGUGUACUAAAUUAAAUAUUAAAGUGUACUACAUUUAGUUUUAAAUUGAACUAAAUUUGUUUCAAAAUUAUGCUAAGUACCAAUAUGUACUAAAUUAAAUCAAAAUUAUGCUAAAUACCAAUAUCUACUAAAUUAAAUACCAAUGUGUAGUAAAUUUAAUACCAUAUGUGUACUAAAUUUGGUUUCAAAUUGUAUUCAAUUUCGUUUUAAAUUAUUCUAAAUUUGAUUCCAAAGUGUACUAAGUUAAGUACCAAUGUGUACUAAGUAGUAUAUGUGCUAAAUUUGGUUCUAAAUAGUACUAAAUUUGUGUCCAAAUUGUACGAAAUUUUAUACAUAAGGGCACGAAAUUAAAUAUGCAGAUGCACUAUCAAGAACAAUUUAGAACGAAAUUUAGUACAAUUUGAAACGAAAUUUAGUACACAUUGGUAAUUUAUUUAGUAGACAUUGGUAUUUAAGUUGAUACACAUUCGUAUUUAACUUUGUACACAUCGACAUUUAAUUUAGUACAUAUUGGUAUUUAAUUUGGUACAUUUGGGAACUAAAUUUAGUAUAAUUUAGAAACAAAUGUAGUACAAUUUGAAACCAAAUUAAGUACACAAUGGUACUUACCUUAGUACAUAUUGGUAUUUAAUGUAGUACACUUUGGUACCAAAUUAGGUAAAUAAAAUUAUAUAUGGUACUAAAAUGCAUUUAAUUUGGUUCCAAAACGUACUAAAAUUGAUACAUGUGUACUUAAUUUGGUACCAAAGUCUACUAAAUUAAAUACCAAUAUGUACUAAGUUAAGUACUAUUGUGUACUUAAUUUGGUUUCAAAUUGUACUACAUCUAUUUCGAAAUUAUACUAAUUUAUUUUUUAAAAAUGUACCAAAUUAAAUACCAAGAUGUACUAAAUUAGAUACCAAUAUGUACAAAAUUAAGUACUAUAGUGUUCUAAAUUAAAUACCAAUGUGUACUAAAUUUCGUUUUAAAUUGUAAUAAAUUUCGUUCUAAAUUUGGUUCCAAAGUGUACUAAAUUAAGUACCAAUGGUACUAAGUUAAGAAAUAAUGUGUACUAAAUUUGUUACCAAAAUAUAUUAAACUUGGUACCAAACUGUACAAAAUUUGGUACCAAAGUGUUUAACAUUUUAUACAAAAGUGUACGAAAUUGAAUAUCAAGAUGCAGUAUAUAUGGUACUAAAGUGUGAUAAAUUUUGUUCCAAAAUUUAUUAAAGUUGUUACAGGAGUGUACUUAAUUUGGUACCAAAGUAUACAAAAUUAAAUAGCAAUAUGUGCUAAAUUAAAUACCAAUGUGUACUUAAUUUGGUUCCAAAGUGAACUAAAUUCUGCACCAAUGAGUACUAAGUUUGGUGCCAAUGUGUACAAAAUUAAGUACCAAUGUGUUCUAAUUGAUUUUGGUACCAAACUGUAUUAAAUUUGUUACCAAAGGGUAUUUAAUUCGAUACCAUAAGGUAUUAAGUUUGGUUCCUAAAUGAAGUACUAAAUUUGUUACCAACUUUUAUUAAACUUAGUACCAAAGGGUUCUAAAUUUAGUACCAAAGUCUGCUAAUUAUGGUAGCAAGUUGUACUUAAUUUCGUAAAGUUUUGUACCAAAUUUGGUUUCAAUUUGUACUAAAUUUGCUAUAAAUUUGUACUAAAUUUGCUACCAAUUUGUACUAAAUUUGCCACCAAUUUGUACUAAAUUUGCUACCAAUUUGUACUAAAUUUGCUACCAAUUUGUACUAAAUUUGCUACCAAUUUCUACUAAAUUUGUUAAAAAAAAGUGUUCUCAAUUCGCGUCCAAAGUGUGCUAACGAGUACUAAACUUCGUAUUAAAGUGUACUAAAUGUAGCACGCUAAAAAUAAAUGAUUUAUCGAAUAUGAUUUCCAAAAUUUCCUAUCUUUUUCUCAAACAAAUCUUUAUAUCAAAUGUUACAAGUAAUGUCUUGUUGUUGUACCAGUGUCUUGUACACUGAGGCGGCGGCCCUUGCCUAUGAAGGACUCCAUCAGGUCAAUCCGGUACGUACAACCGGCUGCCGUGGGAUUGAGUGAUAUCUUGCUCUGUUCUCUGUAAGGCAAUAAGUUCGCAUUAUGGUACUAAAAGCAGCCCUUGGCUAUGAAGGACUCCAUCAGGUCAAUCCGGUACGUACAACCGGCUGCCAUGAGAUUGAGUGAUAUCUUGCUCUGUUCUCUGUAAGGCAAAGCGUAUUGUAUUCGUUUUUUAUUAUUAUUAUUUUUUUUUU